AUGGGCAAGGAAGAUUCUGAUGAUGCCACUUCGCUUGCUUCUGGGCAUUCGAAGAAGCCCAAAUCCAUGUUAUUGGACGAGGCUUCGUAUACUGCUUCCCCCAAAGUCGAUGCUGGGCCUUCCUUUAUUUCGUCGUCAUCGACUAUUUCAGAGACUCGCUCCAAUUAUUCAUCUCAUGAUGACUUUGCCUCAGAGCGGGAGAAUCUAGACAAGACGUCACAGGCAUUCAAGAGAAUGUCUAUUGCUCCGCAACGCAGUCAAUUGAGGCAAAUCUCUGAAACUGUGCCGUAUGUUAUUAGGCAUGAGCGUAUUUUAGAGAGACAACAAAAACUCGAGGAGAUGGAGGUUGCCAGUGCGAAAGAAUUAUCUAAUCGUGCUGCCAUGUUAGAAAAGAAAGCAGCUGAGCUUAAGGCUAAAGAAAAAAUGCUUUUGAAGAAAUUGGAAGAAUUUAAAAGACAAGAGGCCGAGAAGAAAGCGCAGGAGGCUCAACUGGAGACUCACAGCCACCAAGACAACGAAGGUGAAAUUGAAGAACUUAGUGAAGUUGAUAACGAGUCUUCAGGAAACUACACCAUGCAUAAGGACGAAACAAUUACUGAUUUACAUUCAAUAGUGAGUAAGCAGUAA